UGUGUUUGUGUGUGAGUGGCAUUAUGAGCUAACUUCCGGCGAGCGGGGUCACCGCCUCCCACUCCGGCCACCCACUUUUUUGACCCGGUCCACGCGGAUUGAGUUUGUGGCAAAGCCGCAAAUGCAACCGCUAGUUGCGAAUUCACAACGUGCCACGGGCAAAACACUGACACCUCCAUCUCGUUUGGCCACCCAAAAAUCCGUGUCCGUGUCCGGAGUAACCCGCAAUCCGUAACCCGUUACCCCGUUACCCCGUUACGGGUAUUCUGUAUCCCGUAUCCCGUAUACCGUAUUCCGUAUCCCGUUACCCGUAAAGCGUUUCGUAUCCGUAUUCCGUGUUCGCGUCGCGGUUCGUUGAGCUGGCAGCCAAAAAUGUCGGUUUAGUUGCGCCAUCGCCAUCGCCAUCACCAUUAUCUAUAUGCACACGAAGCUGGCAGAUAGUGCAUCCUAUAUCCGCGGAACGUGUCGCCAUCGCCACCGCUGGCCAUGUGAACUGAAAAGCAAGCAAUUAAAGCCGAAAAAACCAAUUAAUGACAAAUAAAGGAUAAAUCGCAGAAGCGAUUAAUGUAAAGACAAAAUUUAAAUUAACGCCUAACUUUAACGAUACAUAUCAAUGUUAGUCUGAUUUUAAUUUAAUACUAUUAGAGCAACAAAUGUUUAAUAAACACCAAUUUAAAUAACGAAUAAUAUAAAGUGCUCAAAUUGAUCAAAAAUAUCGAAGUUUGAAGAAUAUCCUAGAGUAAUUUAAUCGAUUAAAAGUUCAGAGAACAGCAAGUGAAGCGUUUAAACAACAAACUCUGGUGGCAAAAUAAAUCCUUAAUUAAAUCGACUGUGCAGAAGAAUGCAUUUUAAUUGAAUGGAAAUAACGAAUCACGCGAGUUUUCCUAUAAAACACGCACAUUUCCUGCGCGUAAAAUCGCUUUGUCAUGUAAUGUCUUUAUGUCUUUAUGCCUCUCAGCGGAUCAAGAGCUUAGGCGAUAAGCAAAAGCAGCUGGCUGGCUCUUUCUUGGAUUUAUAUGCAUAAAUGAAAACACGCAUGCUCCGGUUGUAAGCCAAAGUUGAAGGGGGCCUAGAAUUUCAUCGCACGGCGGAUUAGCUGCAACAUAAAAGGCGCAAAAACACAAAGCAAGAAGGAAAUAGAAAGGAAAACUGGGGGAAAAGCCCAGCAGGAAGCUGCGAUUUGGCGCCCUCCGUGACGUCAACAGUGUGUAAAUGGGCAAGCAAUUAAGCCGUUAACGAUGUGCCCGCUCCCAGAGGCAUCAAGCAGGUCCAGGACCUCUCCGAUCCAGAUAGCGAUAAAACGUCAGAUAGAGUCCUUUACGAGCAUCAGCGAACCAAUGAAAAAUGCAUUCAACUGCGCUGCGUCCAAUGUCGCUGAUUAAUUCCAAUUGAACGUCCUCAGAUAUCUGGAUUUAAUUUGUGAAACAACCAAUGACAACAUGCUGAAACCGUUGGCCGUGAUUAUUGGAAUUUUUUAUUUAGGUUCCACCAUUAAAGGUGUCGUGGCCAUACUGAAUUGUAUUCUGGCACGUCAGCUCUGUUUCGAGGAUCCAUCAUGUUCGGCCAUACUGGAAAUAAUUCCGCGUGUCUGCGGACCCAUACCAGUGUCCUGCAGCACGGUGACGGUGACCAAGUGCCAGGCAGCCCUCCGCACCCUGCAGGCCUUCCAGUUUUUCCGGCCCACCUGCCUCUGCAAGGAGCCCGGCAUGGAUCCCGACUGCAACCACUUUCGGGACUUCCUCUUCGAUCAUCCCUGCGGAUUUGUGCUGAAGAAAGCCGAAAAGGAUCCGUAUCCCAUUGAUGCACUACCAACAUGCAACCAUGCUCUGUCCGUCUGCCAACAGGAACGAAAAUGCCUGAAGCUUUUCGAGGACUUCAAAACGCAUUGCAAAGUGCGCGACAACAAGUGCAAAAUGGAAAACAGGGACGCCUGCCACGAUUCCUGGACGAACCUGCGCCUGUCGCCGAUGUUCGGAUGCAUCUGCCCGAACAACCAUAUGAAAAAGCGCUGUGAUCGUAUCUUUAAUAUUGUUAAUCACAAUCCGUGUGUGGAUAGACUAAUAUUUUUCCCCAACGGUCUGCCCAAAUUGAAGCAACAGAGACCGAAGGCAAAGCCGCGGCCAAAACCGAAAGGGAAACCGAAAACGAGACCCAAGCCGAGGCAGAGGCACCGUGGCAGCAACGGAACCGAGCUGCUGACCAACAAUAUCGAGUACCACGACGAGCCGGGCGGAGGUCUCCCCGAUCCGGAAGGGGAGGAGGGCAACGAAACGGAGGACGAGGAUCCCGAUGGGAAUGCCGAGGAGGAGGACGAAGAGGAGGACGACGAUUAUGACGACCGCAUACGGGCCGAGAUUUAUUCGAAUUACCCGCACUACCUGCACCCGCCGUCGUGGGGCAUCAACAACCCAUUGGUUCUCGCCUCGCACAGUCCCCAUACCCUGGACGACGAUGACGACGUGGUGGUGGAAGUGGUGACCACCCACAAGAAGCCGCCGUCAGCGCCGUCGGUGCACCACAGUGGCAUCGAGAUGGAGCCCGACGUGGUGGUGGUGGUGGACGCCGGUCCGCACUCCCACUCGCAUCCCCACCUGCACACCUUCUACGCGCACGGCGAUCAGAGUUCCACGACGGGAUCUGGAGCUCCGGGCCCGGCUCCCACGGUUCCCAGCCCACCUAACACUGGCACCAAAAUGCACAAAACAGCACUCGGCGAUCUAGUUGCCGGCAGCGAUAUUACCCACCGCACCUACACAGGACCCUCGAUGGAAGAACGAGGUGGUCAGGAUGUCGAAGUUGACCUCUCAACGGAAAUAAUCAAGCAACACUUUCAGAGUACCUGUCACACGGCAUUGGACACUUGCCGGGAAGAUCCGUCCUGCUCAUCGUCCCUGCAGCCAAUGCUGACGCACUGCGAGCUGCAUAGGUGCAAUCGCAACGCGUGCAUGUCCUCGUUGCAGGCCUUCUACAAGGGGCCCCACGAGGACCUCAACCUGGACAUCGCCUUUUGUCUAUGCAAAAAAACAACCAGCAGCCUGCAGAGCGGCAAUGGCAAUGGCAACGAGAACGGGAAUGGGAACGGCAAUCGGCACGACAUGUGCAUGAUUGCACAGGAAAAACUGCAUCCAGUGUGCGCACAGCGACCGCCCGAUAACAGUAAUCCGGCCAGCUCCAACGGCAUUUACUACCAUCCACCGCCCGCCUGUCACGUGGUCGCCGACAGCUGCAAGGAGGACCGCGAGUGCAGAUUAAAGUUGGAGUACUACGAGCAGGCCUGCGCUGUGGACAGCGUGACCAAGAAAUGCGCAGGCAGACCGAGUGGUUGUCGAACGGCCAUGAUUGGCAUUCUGGGCACCAUGUUGAGGACCACCUGUGCCUGCCAGGGAACAGAUCCCCAGCACCUGUACCAAUGUGUGGGAUGGAGACGUCUUCUCUGGAUGAACCCUUGUGUUGUUGAGGCUCAAAAGGAUUUCCAUAUGAAGCGGUUGGCUGAGCUCGGUUUCCUCACCACCACAACGACGACGACCACCACGACGACAACAACAACGACGACGACGACCACGCGAGCGCCGCCACCCCCUCCGCCGCCCACCACAACAACAACGACGACGACCAGUUUGCAGCCAAGGCAGACGCCAAGAAAGCCGGCGACGCACAUCUUCAAGGACGUCAUUGCGCCAAAGGAGAAAUCAGAGCCAACAUCGGUGGAACACAAUUAUCUCGAUCCACCCGAUUCAAUACCGCUGCCCAGCGUAAAUGUCGAGAGCGGCGGAAAUGGCGGAAAUGACGAUUAUCACAACGGCAACGGCAAUGGACACGGAAAUGGAAAUGGCAAUGGUAACGGCAACAGCAACGGCAACGGCAGACGUAAAAAUGGCGGAAAGGGACGUGGCAGCAGUGUAGAUUUCGAUGAUCCAGUAAUUUUCGUCGACCCAAGGGAAACAACAGAAUUUGUGGGCAUCAGCAUCACGGAGCCGGUAACCACAACAACCACAACAAUGGCCACCACGACAACAACACAGCCCCCGAGAAACUGUGUUGUGCAGCGACCUCGUCAGUCGGAUCAACUAAUUCGAGAAGGCAGCAGCAAGCGAAUCUACUCCUUGGACGACGUCGAGUGCAGUGAGCUGUGCAGCUGCGGCGAGUCGCUCACCCUCACCUGCCACGCCCUCUGUGUCCCGUUCGCCCCCUGCCGCACCGCCCUCGCCUUCUACAGCCACGCCUCCCCCGCCUACCAGGCGUUCCGCGGCCGCUGCCUCUGCUACUCGGGCCGCUUCAUCUGCAUGAAACCGCCGCUCGGGGAGUACAUUCUGCCAGGUGGGAUAUUCCUGCUGCUGGGCUACAGUGCAGCGGACGAGGCGCUUCUGAGGCCCCACACGAACCUUGGGGUGCAGGAUGCCGUUCGAGCCCUGCAGCAGUACGUAACCACAUACAUCGAUAAUCAGACGCAGUGCACCCUCACGCUGUUCAAUAUGACCGAGGAAAACAUAAUCAUUGCUGCGCGCCUGCCGCACGACGGCAAACUGAAGGAUAUUGAGUUGCUGCGUAAGGAGAAGGACGAGUGCACCGCGAUACUGAAGACCAUCAGUCAUCAAAUCAAUAGCGAGCACAGUGAGCUCCAAUCCCACCGACUGCUGAGCAUUUUCAAAAUGUCCGAGGUCGAGGUCGUUUGGCCAGAGAGCACUAGUGCGGCGGCCCGGAGUGGACAUGGUCCGGGCCAGUUUGCCGGAUGCCACCGGCUGCUCUACGCGGCCAUGCUCGCAGUGGCAUGCCUCUCCAGCUGGACAACGCUGCGUAUGAGCGAUGUGGCGACAUGACAGCCGCAUGGCCGCAGGAUUAGCGCAAGGACGAUUGCAUAACUGUACGUAGUAGAUACUUGUGGGGGGAUCAUCAUCGGUGGGAAAGUGGAAAGGCGCCAGGCAAGUUACGAUAUGCGGAGCGAUAGCGAUAACUAUAAACUAUAAAGACAUGGUGCAUACUCUUAGGCGCCGCACAUGGCAUAUAGCAUAUAGCAUAAUCAUAAUGUGUUGUAUACAUUUAGGGGCUAGUUCUGUGUUUAGCUGCGAUUUUUGUAAAGCUUUGUUGUUGACCUUUGACGAUGUUGCUGUCUCUUUUGAUACGUACACACAUACUCGUAUGUGAGGCAUUAUGGGAUAUACAAAUCAUAUAGGACAUACGCCUAGAACUCAUCUAGAUUAAUCUAUAAUUUAACGUGAACGGAAACUGCUGUCUACAUAAUAAUAUUGUUAGCAAAUAACAGAGGAAAACUCGAUAGUUGGAUUUGAUGUGGUGUGUAUAUAGAAGGCAUAAGCAUUAAGUACUAUCCGUAGCUAGUGUUUUGUACGGUAAACAAUACUCAUAAUCCCUGUCCGUCUGUCCAUUCAUCAUUAUCUCGCCCCGAAAAAAACACAGCGCACAACAAUUAAGGCCCAUUGCAUUGCUCCUUUUGUUUUUGUUUGCUCUUUAAGCUCUAUAAAGUUUUUGGCCGCCUCAAUUAAAAAGAAUUAUUAACCGCCUUAACUGUGUUUACUUUGUUAAAGGAUGUGAGUGCCUCUUCUGGAUAUGCCAGCUCUCUUUUGACUUUUAAUUACAUUUUAAUGUGGUCUGGCCUCCUCGCAUUUCCUUCUGCCGGGCAAACGAAUAAUAGUGAGGCGUGCAAGUGCGAGUGCGAAUGAACUCAUUAAACACUCGCAGUCGCAGUCGCAGUCGCAUUCGAAUUCGCAUGAGCGUGCAAAACGUUAUUGUUAAUUUAUUUCAUAGUUUUCCAUUUCGUUUGGAGGCGCGAAAACAAUUACGGUUUCAUAAUCAAUUAUGCGUUCUGCAUUUCGAUUGUUGCCGCAAUUUCAUCGGGCCGAGAGCCGUGACCUCGCCUCGUUUCAACAGGUUUCAUUGCUUGCCCCAGAAUCCUGGCCACCUUUUCGGUUCGCUGUACAUACUCUUACCACUUUUGAACUCAAUUUACGUAAUUAAAUACUAACAGUACAUAUCAAUAUGAACACCUAAACGAGUUUUACACGGAAACGAAAUUCUUACAAUGUCCCUCGAAUGCUCGAAUCUUUUGUACAUAGUUCUUUAUGACAAAACUAUACAUAAUAUUUACAACGAUAUACAACAAGAAAGCAUAAGCCUAAAGUAAACUUAUGAAGUAUGGUAUAAAUAUUUCAUUCACUUUGUAAACAGUUAGAACGAACUGUAUAUUGAACAAACCUUCAGUUGAGCCUUAUAUUAAUGUAUGUAAAGAAAAAGAAAAGGGAUAUUGUAUAUAGAAACAACACCUGAGUGAAUGGAAUCUCUAUGAAUAUUAAUUGGGUGUUUGACACACACAGACAAACGCAACACACGCACUACAAACUUUAAGUCUAAGCUUGACCAUUUGAAGGGAACUUGAGCGGUGUGAAAGUGCGCAUAUUAAAAAUGGUCACAAUCAUGAAAAAAUGUCUUCCUUAAUGCAUAUACACGGCGAUAUGUAUUAUGUUUAUACACAUAAAUAUAUAUAUAUACUCAUACUAAAAUACCUUUACCUAUAUACCAUAUCUGGCGAGAACCUAGCCUGCACUUGAGUUAGACAAAUAAAAGUGUAAUAUAGACACCAAGGGCUAAACCAUAUCACUAUCGAAUAUCCUUGCAAAUUAUAAAACUGUUGACACAAAUUAUUACUAACCGCAGCUUAUCUAAGACAAAUAUACCCCUAAAUAAAUAUAUAUAUAAAUUAUUAUACAUAUGCGUAAAGUUAUAAACGUUAGAGAGCAUUGGAAACUACUUUAAUAGCCUCUAGAGAAAGCAACGCUUUAACCUAAACUAAAGUACAGCAACAGCAGAAAAGUGUAAAGUUUAUUGGAAACCUGCUUGGGAAAUCUUCUAGCUAAAUAUUAGACGAAUUUAAGGCUAUCCAAACAAACACUAACUUAUCGAUGGAAAUCGUAGAUCGGUAGGAAUAGAGCAAAUUAGUAGAAUUGUUGGGGCAUUGGAUUUCAGUUCAUUUGCUAUCCUAUCCAUAUCGUUUAAUGGCCAACGAAAGCAGCAACUAAGUCGUUAUAGUUUCCGUUCGGAGCAUAUCAGUGGCAGGUCGAGUGUUUUGUUUCAUCUCAUCCCCUCACUUUAAGGGUGCGGACAAAGCGUAGCUACAAUGUAAAGUACCGUUAAAGUAAAAAAGAUAAAUGAAAAAUGCUAAACAAGAUGGAAAUGCAAAAAAAAAAAAAAAAACAAAUUACAAAAUAGUCGCAUUAAUGUAAAAAGCAAGCAAAAUGCAAAAGGAAACUAGCACUCAAAUAGCAAUCUGUAGCAAGGAUACGUAUAAAUUCGAGGAUAGCAAAUCAGAAAGGCAUCGUAAUAAACGUAGAAGAGGGGGAAUACUUUGAAAAUUAUGCAUGAGGAAUACGAGAGCCACACUUAAAGUUUAAAGCUGUAAGUUGAAACCUAAAAAGUAAAUGAUAUAUAUAUAUACGAUAUGUUAGGAAUGCAUACGAGUGCGUGUUUAUAAGAAGGUGGGCUUUAUGCUAGCGUAUACAACCGAAUUGAGGUAAACGGAUAAAGAUAAAAUAAAUAUAAAUAUGGAGUAAUGCAAAGCGAAUGAAAAACAAGCGAAAAGUCGUGGCAUAUUUGUAAUAAAAACAAUAUAAGUGAAACAACAAAAACAACCGAAACAAAAAAUAAAGAAAACCACAAAAUAUAGAAAGUAAA